AUGUGGAGUAUUUUUAUCCCCCUCAUUGUGAAUACAGGACAAGUGCAAGCGGCGGUAGCGCAGGCGCAUCCGAGUCGUGUAUCUGUUAUGUUUACUCAGUGUGGAGCGCGUGAGUCGACGCCCGCACCGCGCCCGCGGCCCCCCGCCCGCCCGCACCCGCGGCCCCCCGCCCGCCCGCAUCUACGCCCUACCACUAAAACAUACACU